AUGACUUUACGAUCAUCAAUUCACCAUAGAUCAAAAGCAGACAUUGCUGGAUUUGCUCGUUUAGCCCUUGAGAUUCUCAAAGCCAAUGCCUCUGCCUCACUAGAGCGCAUACACAAGGUUUACGUGCAAACCAGGGACCCAGAACUAAAAGGGGCUUUGGAAAAGUGUUUUGCUUCAUACAACAUGAUAGUGAAGGUACAUUUGCGAGAAGCUCUAAAUGCAAUGGACAAAGGUGACUACAAGGUUGUAAAACAAAGGGCUUAUAAUGCUGGAAUCCAAGCUGAGUCAUGCGAUACUAAAUUCAAGAACCUGGCUAGUUUGCCUUUGAGGGAUAAUAACCGAUAUGUGUAUAAUUUAUGUGCUAUUACUGUCUCCAUUGUUAACAAAUUGCUUCAGCCAAACCUUUUAACUUCGACUUAG